UAAAAGUGAAAGUGAGACUGGAGUUCCGGAAUGGGCGAUCAUCGAACUCCAAGGGCUUGUACAAAUAAAGAAACACGAUACCGAGGGUGCUACGGUCAUCGGCGACUUGCACUACUACUCGAGGAAUCGACAUCCGGUGCUUGUGCUCGGCCACCACAUCCUGAACGGGAAGGAAAUGAAACUAAAAACAGCCGAUGGCGGUCAUAGAGAAAGUGAUUGUUGA